AGAAAGGAAGAGAAGGGAAAGGAAAGAACCUAUAUCAUCUAAUGUUUGGUUUGAUAUUACAAUAUUAGUAAAAGAAGGAAAUUGAGAUAACUCUAUUGUUUGGUAUGACAUUCAUAAAUUUUUCAGUUUAAUAAAUUUAAUUUUUUUUUUCCCUUUCAAAUUCCUCGGGGAAGAUUGUGUGAAGGGAGCUUUCCUUCAAUUUCCCUUCAUUUCCUAUCAAAUCACAUUUAAUUUUUAAAACCAGAAUCUAUAUUUUUCCUUUCCUCUUUUUUCUUUUUCUUUUCCUCCCAAUUCCUCCCAACCAAAAAGGCCUAGAAGUGUACGCUGAAUCCUCCAUUGAAGCGGCUCUAAGCUUUCUCUCCUCCAUUGAAACAGCUUCAAAGUUGCCAUUUGCCAGGAGCUCAUGCUAGUGAACUAUGAACUCAUAAUCGGAAAUGGAAGUCGUCUUUACACUUGCCAGACUAGUACAAGUAUGAAACAAUUUUUAAAAAACGAAGGGAAUACUUCCUGAUUUUUUCUCUGCUCCCUUAGUCCCAUUCUUAUACUGGAAAACUCCUUAAAAUCCUACAGGAAAAGUGGGAAGCAGAGCAAGAGUGAUUGAGUUCCGAUGACAGAUAUAGCCUCACUUUCUCUCUCCUUCCCCUCUGGCGCAACCUCCUCCACCACCCCGACACAUUCAUAUUCAUGUCUCCAGCCUCAAACACCAAAAACCCCAGAAAUUUCUCCUUCAAUGCUGAGGUUAUGGAGGCCACAAGCUCAGAGAAAUCUCCGAAAUCAAUGGUCCAAAUUAUUCUCCUCUAGAGAUCAAUGGCGCUCUUCUUUUACUUCAGGUCGAUCCCAUGCUACCUCUCUCGUUAACUCUUACCUCUCUAUCAGAUAUAUGGAUGCUAUGGAUUUGGGUGUCUUGGAUGAUAUGCCCAAUAUACGAAAAAAGGCUUGUUCUAAAUUACUUAAGCAGCUGGUUGCACUUGUAGUUGACAUGGUGACUUUGAGCAAAUCGAUGAGGUGCUUUUCAAAAACUACUGGCAGUGCCAUUGUACAAUAUUCUACGUUUUCAGAGAAUAGCAAUGAUACUGGUGAUGGUGGAGGAGCUCCAGUUGUCACAUUUUUGUCUGUCUGUGCAUUUGAGAUGUUGGCCGAGGAGCUUGUCGAAAUGUUCAAACAAGAGCUUGUUUUGAAGCGUCUGCUUGUAGUUGAGCUGCUCUCCAAGUGUUGUCCAGAAUUAGAGCAAUUCAAUCAAUUGUCCUGGAAAGAUGAACUUUAUCAUGGUGAAGCUAAUGAAUUGAACAUGUGCAACUUGUACUCAAAAGAUCCAGCUGAGCCAUUUCUUCCCAAAAUAAGUGGGUGGCAAUCGAAAACUUCAACUGUGGAGUCUGAGAAAAAUCCAAGCCACGAUGUUUUGCAGGUCUAUCUCACAACAUGGCUUGCAGAGGUCAAUAUAGAUACAUCCAGGGUGGAAGAAAUAUUUUUAAUUGUUGGGGAGGAACUACGAACGAGCUUUUCAUGAGCCUUUCAGAUGCUGGCAUUUACAGGAAAGAGAUUAGAUGAAGUGUAUAGGUCAUAGGGUCAUAUAUAAAGAUUAAGAAAGCUUAGGCCAAAUAUUUGUGUUGCCUUGAUUAAUUCUUUUGUUCUCGCAUGUUAUAUUAUUAUUCUCCUUGUUUAUGUAUGUCAGCUAAUUUAUUUCAGUUAAAUCAUCACCAUUGUUUACAGCCUAUUAGCGUGUUGAAAAAACAAUGUUGUCUCAGA